GUUGUCAUCGCAGUGUGAUGGUGGCCGUCGAUGUCAGAGCACAUUGUCACAGGGAGGGUAAAGUUCAUCUCCAUCAAUGGAUGUUACCCGUUGUCCGAGACCCGAAUGAGGAUGGCUCCAGCCCAGAAACAGUAGACCAGUGAAACGUUUGCCCACACCGUAGGACAACUUUAUGUGCUGGAAGACAUCCAACCUCAUUAUGCAGCCUGCCGUCCUGAUCCUCCUUCUGGCCCUUGUGGCGAUGGCAUCAUCAUCUACACAUUGCCGACACAACAUCACCGUGGACGAGAACAUCUGGAACUGCUCCGACACCUUCACGUUGGACUUCCCGAAGACGGACAGCAUCCCGGAUGGUACACAGGUGUACGACCUCAGCUUCAACCGCAUCCUGGAGUUACACAGAAUCAACUCAACGUGCACGUCCGUCCACUCCUGUAAAGGCUGCCUCCGGAAACUCUACCUCCACCACAACAGCAUCGACCAGAUUGACAAUGAAGCCUUCCAGAAGCUCCACUGUCUACACACUCUGGAUCUCUCCUACAACAAGAUCAGAGGCGACAGUCUUUCCUACAUGACGUUCGAUGGUUUGCUACAGCUUGAGUUUCUCACGUUGAAGGGAAACCCUUUGGUGAAAAUGAUUGAUUUCACACUCCGGUUUAACGAACUUAGAAUGCUGACUAAGCUGGAUUUGUCAGACUGUCAACUGACAUCAGUUGCGGAACACGCUUUCGAUGAUAUAUCAAUGCUGGAGGAGAUUGACCUGAGUGGAAAUAGCCUUAAAAUCGUUGACCCUUAUUCCUUUGCGGGACUUAGUUUUCUUGACGUGUUGGAUCUUAGCAAUAAUAGAUUUGAAACCAUACAAGAAGACAACUUCCAAGCCUUGAUUAAACUACGGGACUUACGUCUGGACGGAAAUAACUUGGAAAUAUUACCCGCAAAGGCAUUCGGGGGGCUGGCAAAUCUUGAAAUUCUAUCCCUCUCGGAAAACUGGUUAAAAGGGAUCCCGUACCAUACACUGAAAGGUCUACAGUAUCUGAAGACCCUGAACAUGAGUCGGAACCACGUGAUUGAGCUUGAAGCUAGUGACUGGCCGGAAGAUGUCACAUCCAGAGUGACGGAACUCUACCUGGAUCAGAUGUAUGGUCUGAACAUCAUCAAACACAAAGCUUUCGUUUCCUUUCCUCUUUUAAGGAAAGUGUCAAUAUCCGGUAACAAACAGCUGGAAGUUAUAGCAUACGACGCCUUCUUUGGAAACACUCGUCAAAUUAAGGAGGUGUAUUUACGGGACAAUAACUUGGGUUUUAUCGCUGGUGGACUUCUUCCGUGGGACAGCCUGGAGGUGCUUGAGCUGGACGGGAAUCCGUGGAACUGUGACUGUAGGUUCCAGUGGGUGCUGCAGGGAGGAUACUUGAAGAACAACACUAUCAGAUGUGAUGCUCCCGAUAAACUGCGUGGUCAGAACUUGAUUGGGGUAUCCCCAGAAGAUCUCCGGUGUCCUCGAUCUCUUAUCUGGAUCCUGCUGACCUUCGUCCUCGGGAUUGUCCUCCUCCUGAUUGUCCUCGUCUCGCUCGUGGCAUGGAGGUUCCGCCACAAGCUGCCGUGCCGUCGUACCAAGGGGCGGUACGUGUCUGUGUACUCUAAGGACGUCCAUGACGACGACGAAGGAACGGCGACCAUCACUUCAUCUGAAGACGAAAUACCGCUGAAGGACAGUGAGGUGUAAGACACAAGCCUCCAUCGAUUACAUCUUACAACGAUCAACGACUUUCACAGCAGAUGAUCACAGAUGCAGGAGUUAAACAGCAACGACUCGUUUCGCACAUGUUACGACAUUCAUACACUGACUACACAUUUCUAGCCCGAGAUUGCUUUGUCAAACGGGCUCUAGGUUCUUCAUGUUUUCGGACGCUGCUGUUGGAGAUUAGCAGACCCGUCCUUGACAUUACCACCGGUGCAUCUCAUUUACAAUAUUCAGUCCAUACAGGACUCUGUUCAGCAAAUAAAUGUCAGCGCUGUGACGAUAACUCCCUUUUAAAACUGAAAGUCACGCAGUAAGGUAAUUUCUUGAGAGGAGUAACUGAACAUACCAUAUUUUAGAAACGAUGGUAGGGCUGAGAUUAUCGUAACUCACAUACAGGAACAUGGACUUCCGGUAGUCCCAGUGCUGAGAAAACAUGGACCCAUGGCGCCUUUUUCAAAACCAAUAUAGCAAUAUAAAUGUCGCAACUCUCAUAUUUCGGAAACUGGUGGAAGCAGAAGUGCUGAAGACGCUCGAUAACAAAUCCAUUUCGUGGUUUGAAAGCCAGGAUUAACCUAUCCAUUGAAGGACGCCACUGUGAAAGGUCUUCUGUUAUGGAGUGUCUCUUUUGAGUGCAUCAAGUUCAAUCAAGAAACAAGACGGUCUAAAUGCAAACAUUGUAUGACAAUAUCAUUUAGGUACAUGUAUAUUGUAUUUAUUGUAAGUAGCCUUAUUGUAUGGGUUGUACCUAAUACAAGUUAAGAAAGUAUACAUUCAGUAUGUAUAUAUCAGUCACUAUACAUAGAUAUAGCGAUCUAAAACAAAUAGAACAAAACAUAUGCACAGUUACAAGAAGCCAAAACGGCUUCUGUGAUAUGAACGAAGAAAGGCAAAUAUGUCUGUUUGAUCACUUAAAAUAUGAUCUGGUUUGAAGUCAUAUUUGCUGGAACGGAGUAGAUCAUUAUACCCAUCUUUGACGGUUAACUUGCCAGGAUGGACAUUAUAUUCAUAUGAUUGUAUGUGUUCUAUCUAGGAUGUCAAUCCUCCAGCAUGUACAUAUGCCAAUGCUUGGAAAGCUUUUGAAUAAAUCAUGUAUGGACUUAUC